AUGAAUACAAUUGUCUCAUCUAUUAUAAAUGAAUUUAAAUUAAAUGAUAGUCAGAUAACAAAUAUUUAUAAUUACGGUUCAUGGGUUUAUGGUACAAAUCAUGAAAAAUCUGAUCGGGAUUUUCUCUUUAUAAUGAAAAUUGAAAAUGAAACUCAACGAACAUAUUUAAAAUUUCAAAAAGAUUUUGAUUAUUUUCAUUCAUUUAAAUUACAUCGAUCAAACAAUUGUGAUAUAACAAUUCAUACAUGUGAAAAUUUUGAAUUAUUAUUAGAAAAAAAUUAUAUGCUGGCAGUAGAAUGUAUAUUUUAUCCAAAUGAAUUUAUUUUAAGAAAUAAUAUUGAUGAUAAAACAAUUUAUUUAACAAAAUAUUAUAAUCCAUUACGAUUAAAACAAGUUGUAUUCUAUGAAAAUUAUUCUAGUUUAAAAUAUAUAAUUGAUAAUGAUGAAGAUGAUUCAAAUUAUUUUCCAUUGAAAUCAAAUUCAAAUUCAACAAUUAAUCAACUUUUAUGUGAUGCUAUUCAUACGACAACUAUAGAUGAAGAUCGAAUACUUAAAUAUUUAUUUCAUGGUCUUAGAUAUUUGGAUAUUGGUGAACAAUUAAUUCGAACAAAAUCAAUUUAUGAUUUUAAACGUGUAUCAUAUGUAUUAUUUCAAUUGAAAAAAAUAUUUAUCAAUAAUAUGAAAAAUAUUGAUUUUAUUAUUGAUUAUCUUAAAACAAAAAGUGAUGAAUAUAAAAAAAUGAUCAAUGAACUUGUAUCAACAAAUACUAUUGAUGGUACAUUUAAAGUUCAUAUUACAGUUGACAAUCAUAAUAUAGAAAAAUUUUUAAAUAUCUGUAAAAUAAAUAAUUUAAAAGCAAUUUAUAUUCAUUUAAAUGAUGAUGAUGAUUCUAUUAAACAACUAACAACAUCUUCAUAUCAUGUUGGAACAUAUUCGGAUAUAGUUGAACAAAUUAAUACAUUAAUUGACAAUAUAUUUAAUGAUUUUGAUAUCCAAAGAUUGAAAAUUAAAUCAUUAGGAUCAAACAAUGGUGUACCGGAGAAUGAUAUUGAUAAAUUAUUAUUUUGGGAUAAAAAAUCAAAUUAUUUCGAAUUUCAUUAUAAAAUAUUCAUUGGAUCAACAAAUAAAUUAGAUAAAUUAAAAAACUUAUGUAGAAAACAAAAUCUUCAUUUAGCAUAUAAUACAUUUGAAAAACCAUCAAUUAAUAAAAUAUAUUAUACUGUCACAAUGCGAUUAUUUAAUGUUGGUAAAAGAAAUGCAUUUAUUACAAAUGAUUAUAUUGUUGAAUAUUUGACAGAAAAUGAUUUUACGCCUUUAAAAGUUGAACACCAUUUUGUAGUUUAUGAUUCAAAUAUUGACUUGGACCAUAAAUGGAGUAUUGUCACAUCAGAUUCACUACGAACAAACUCAACUAUUAUCAGAACCGGUCCUAGAUACCGAAUUGGUUGUAAAAAUCGAAAAGUACCUCAGCGAUCUACCGAAUAA